AUGCCCACAAAAGAAGAGGGGGGGCCCGUGUUUGGGCACGAGGAGGGAGGCCAGGCUCACUCUGCCCAGAGUGCUGGUAUGGCCGUUGUUCAAUGCGACAGCAGCAGCAAUGCCAGCGGGAAUAGUAGCAGCAGCAGCAAUGCAAGCGGGAAUAGCAGCAACAGCAGUUCUGCGCGCGAUGGAGAAACGCAAGCCAACGCGAAACGUGGCAUCACUGGUUGCGCGAGUGAACCUGUGCUCUGGCGCUCUGCAGUUCAACAUCAAGGCCGUCAGAAGCAGCAAGAGAGACAUAAGGAGGCACAGGAACACCAGCUGCUCGACUCCGACGGAAAGCAACGACCCCGACGCCGCAGCAGCAGCUGCCAAUCUACCCGUCUGGAGGCACCAGAUGAGACUGUCGCCCUAAGGGAGGCCUGCGCCAGUGAUGCUCCUUUAGUUAGAGCAUUGAUGAAGUCACACUUACGAUCUCUGAUUCUCCCAGCCGUAUUUUACUGGCUAUGCCGCCAUGCGCAGGACUUCGGGAGCUUUUUGGUCAUUUGUUGUUGCUUUGUACACCUCGACAAAAUGCUUAUCAGUCUCUGCUGUUUCUUGAUGCUGCUCUUAAUUCGAGUCGUGCUGGAAUUAGAGCAAUAUGCGGCACGAGGGUGCCCUGACUUGGCAGAGUUUGACCGUCACUAUUUGCAAGCGGAGCGGAACAGAUUCUGGGUAGCUGAGAAAAAGCAUCCGGCUGGCACUCAAAUUGUCGGCUGCAUCGGGUUCAUCAUUCAUCCGUCCAAUCUGCAAGAGGGGCAGCUGGUGCGUCUCGUUGUUUCUCCGGGGUCACGAGGUGCUGGUGUGGGCUCUCGACUAUUAUCUUCGGCGGUGGGCUUUGCCGCAAGCUGUCGCUGUCGUUCUAUCGAAGUCUUUGCAAAUUCUUUGAAUGCUAGCAGCGCCAGCUUCUUCAGAAAUAGACAGUUCGAACUCGUCCAGGUCGUCAGGAGGAAUCUCAUGAGAGGCGACCUUCUUCGGUGGAGGAUGACCCUUGAUUGCGAUGGGCGAACGGUUGAGCCAAAGACGGACACUUCGUCUAUUGAUGAUUUGCAGUCUGAAUAG